CGUCCAGUCGGAAGUUGCGAGUGGUCGAGAAAACACUGCUUCAAAUGUGAAGCAUAUAAUAGUGCUUAUUUUAUCAUGAGAGUUUGAGCGCGAUUUUAUAAAACAUCAUCCGCCUUUGCCUCCGAAAGUCUAUCAAUAUGGGCGAUAUAAUUGAAAUAACCAGUGACGGGACGAACAUGGCUUAUCAUGGUCUCAGUCAACAUGUCAACUUUGACACCAUACCUGAUCCCGGUGAUCGAUUUUCUCUCCAAGAUCUUAUUGGCGAAGGAACAUACGGUGAAGUUUAUUCAGCCUUGGACAAGCAAACGGGAAACCAAGUCGCAGUUAAGAUACUGGAGAACGUUGCCGACAAUAUUGAAGAAAUCGAGGAAGAAUAUUUGGUUCUCAGGGAUUUGAGUAUGCAUGAAAAUAUUCCAAUAUUCUAUGGUUUGUUCCUGAAAAGAGCCAAACCUGCGCAAGAAGAGGAUCAGUUGUGGUUUGCUAUGGAGCUAUGCACAGGAGGCUCGGUCACCGAUUUGGUUCAGGGUUUGAAAAAACGGAACAAUCGCUUGAAGGACCAUCAAAUUGCUUACAUUCUUCGCGAAACGAUCGAAGCGUUGAUUUAUUUGCACACCAAUCAUUGCAUGCAUCGUGAUGUCAAGGGUCACAAUAUUUUAUUGACCGAAGAAGCAAAGGUCAAACUAGUCGACUUCGGCGUUGCAUCCCAUUUGACAGCGACGAUGGGACGGCGCAACACUUCUGUAGGAACACCGUAUUGGAUGGCACCUGAGGUGAUAGCGUGCGAACAACAAUUGGACUCAUCGUAUGAUGCGCGCUGUGACGUUUGGUCCGUCGGGAUAACAGCGAUUGAAUUGGCAGAAGGGGAUCCGCCCCUUUCGGAACUUCAUCCGAUGCGCGCCCUCUUCCAAAUACCGCGUAAUCCGCCACCGGCAUUGAAAAAUCCCGACUCGCACUCACCCGAAUUGUCGGACUUUAUAGCCGAGUGUCUGGUGAAAGAUCUCGAGCAUCGUCCUUUCGCAAGCGAAUUGAGAGAACAUCCAGUCUUGAUGAAUGUUGAGCCGAUCGUUGGAAAAGUGCGAAAAGAAUUGCAAGAUGAAAUUUGCCGCCAGAGGAACGAAGGUCGUGUCAAACGACAACCGGAAGUCACGACUAAACAUGGAAAACUCAAAACAGACCGUAAAGCUCAGCCAAAAAAAAUGUACAUGGACGAUUUGGCUGCCCUUGAUUUACUCUCCGAAGACGCGAUAGUCGAUCAGUUACAAAAUCGCUACAUGCAAACCCAAAUCUAUACUUACAUCGGUGACAUACUCGUCUCCGUUAAUCCAUUUACCAAUCUUGGCCUUUACACCGGUAUUGAACAACGGCGUUACAAGGGUCAGGCAAGAUCCGAUAAUCCGCCCCACAUAUUCGCCGUUGCAGAUGCUGCCUAUCAGGCACUGCUGCAUCAACGUCAAAAUCAAGCGAUCGUCAUAAGCGGUGAAUCCGGAGCGGGUAAAACCGAAAGUGCCAAUUUGUUGCUUAAACAAUUGGUCUAUUUGAGCAAAGCGCCCAAUCGUAAUCUCGAAGAAAGAAUUCUACAGAUAAAUCCCAUAAUGGAAGCUUUCGGCAACGCAACUACGGGAAUAAAUGCAAAUUCUUCGCGUUUCGGCAAAUACCUUGAUCUCACUAUGACCAAAGGGGGUAAAGUCACCGGUGCACGGAUAGCGGUUUAUCUUUUGGAACAAUCGCGCGUGGUUGCUCAAGCAGACGGAGAAAGAAAUUUCCACGUCUUUUACUACAUGUACGAUGGCUUGGAAGCUGACAAUCGUUUGGAAGAAUUUCAUUUGGACAGUUCGUUACGUAAACGUCAUCGUUAUCUUGCUGACCAUAGUCACACUUCGCAAACCCAUAUCGACAAGUUUCAUCAGCUUAAAACGGGCUUCAAAGUGUUGGGAUUCCAGGAUAGUGAGGUUGACAUUGUUUAUAGCGUUCUUGCAGCCAUACUUCAUCUCGGCGAUAUUGAAUUCGGAGAAGUUACCAGCGAGGAUAACACCGAUAACAAGAGCACUCUAAUUGACGAAGCACCGCUCAUUCGAGUGUCGAAUCUUCUAGGAGUCGAAAAGGAUGAUUUACUCGAAGCCCUAACCUCGAAUUCUGUGGUGACUAGAGGUGAAACGAUAACUCGUAAUAACACAGUUGAAGAGGCAUGCGCCGCUCGUGACGCAAUGGCCAAAGGUCUUUAUGGUCGCCUGUUUGACUGGAUGGUUAAUCAAAUAAAUUGCCUGCUGAGUUUCAACCGUUCACCAAAUUACGAACCCCUUGCCAUUGGUCUCCUCGAUAUCUUUGGUUUUGAAAAUUUUCCAAGGAACUCGUUUGAGCAGUUAUGCAUUAAUAUUGCUAACGAGCAAAUUCAAUACUAUUUCAAUCAGCAUAUAUUCACGUGGGAACAACAGGAAUAUAUGGCUGAAGGAAUUCCCGUUGAUUUGGUCGAAUUUUCGGAUAAUCGACCGGUACUGGACAUGCUACUUAGCAAACCGAUGGGACUUCUUGCCCUUCUCGAUGAGGAGAGUCGAUUUCCCAGGGCUAACGACAGAUCGCUCAUUGAAAAAUUUCACAAUAACAUAAAAUCUAAAUUCUACGUAAGGCCAAAAUCCGACGCAGUUUGCUUCGCCGUUCAUCAUUUUGCUGGUCGUGUAGUAUAUCAGGCGGACGGUUUUUUGGAAAAAAAUCGCAAUUUUUUACCACCAGAAGUGAUACAAUUAGUUCGACAAUCUCAAUCUGAUAUGGUGAGAUUUUUGUUUCAAUGUCCAAUUACUAAGACUGGAAAUUUGUAUUCGGCAAUUCACGAUACUGGAUCGAGAAAGCUGAGCACGUCUAACCAGAACACCAAGGAACGAUACUCGAGCCGUGGCUUGGCAUCCCAGUCGCGGGCCCAACAGACAGUAGCAACUUAUUUCCGAUAUUCGUUGAUGGAUUUGUUGCAAAAAAUGGUCUCUGGUUCACCACAGUUUGUCAGAUGUAUUAAACCAAACGACUCGAGAAGCCCCAAAUUCUUUGAUAAGGAGAAAGUUGUUAAACAAUUACGCUACACCGGAGUUCUCGAAACCAUUAGAAUAAGACAAAAUGGAUUUUCACACAGAAUACCUUUCAACGAAUUUCUCAAAAGAUAUUGUUUUCUGGCUUUCGGUUGGGACGAGCGGGUUGUCGCGACGCGUGACAAUUGUCGUUUAUUAUUGAUCCGUCUUAAGAUGGAUGGUUGGGCGAUUGGUAAAACAAAAGUCUUUUUGAAAUACUAUCACGUCGAGUUCCUAUCAAAGAUGUACGAAGAACAAUUACGAAUGAUAAUACUCGUACAGGCUUGCGUUAGACGCUGGCUUGCCAAGAUAAGAUACAAGAAACAAAAAUGGCAGCUCGCAUUAUCGGUUGUUACUCUUCAACGGCACAUACGAGGAUGGCUCGCUCGGAAACACAUGGAAGAGCGUCUGAUCCGCGAAAGGACUGAAGAAGAAGAGAUGGCCCUCGAGAGAGCCAGAGAGGAACAUUUACGAAACGAGGUAAACUGGUGCAAGGGAAAGAUAUCGUUCCGAAAUAAAACCGAAGAUGCAGCUCUCAAAGAUGGCGAAGAUGGAAAAGAGAAUCUCGCGAAAGAUGACGCGGCUGUCGUUAUUCAAAGUCACUUUCGAGGCUAUACAAUACGUAAGCGCUUUGGUUGCGAGCUGGAGGAGCGCUUCAAAAAAAUAUUGAACGAUUACGACAAUAAGCAAGAGGCCCGCGAGGCAUUGCUUCGUGAUGGAGUCAAGAGCGAAGAUGCGGCAUUCAUCGUGCAAAGAUGGUACAAGAGAGAAGAUCGGGUUUGUCCAAAACCACCGGUUAAAGAUCCGAUUCAUCCGAAAUUGCGGCAAGCGGAUCUCAUACAAUUUUCUCAAAAUGUACAUAUGAAGAAUCAGGAAGUGCACAAAAAUCUUCGUCGUAACAAGCCUGGAAUCAGAUUGAAUGAUAUCGAAGAUCCACCAUCGGAUUACGUAAGACCCGAAGGUUUUAACAUGGUACAAACUAUUCUCCAAUAUCGCAAUGGGAAUCAACCCGAGGCUGAAGAAACCGUUAAAUACUACAGAGAUCUUAAGGAAGAAAUGAGCAGUGGUUCGGAAUUCGAAGAAGACGAAGUUGGCUGGGACUUACCGUUGAUACAGCUAGAAAAUGACCUUCAACCAUCUGCGAGCAGGAAUCGUCUGGGCCAAGUUCUGCAAGUGAAUGCCGAGAGGGCCGAGCGCUUAGCGGCACAGGGCGAUUUUUCGGUCGCACCGGAACAUCAACUCUCCGAUAUUUGGCACAAAGCACUACGCAACCCGGGCGAAUCGAACGCAAGCGAACCUUCCGGACAGCAGAUCAGAGGUAUCAUGGCAAACUUUCAGUACACGGAAUAAUAAGUUACGCGGUGGAAACGUGCGGUCCUGCUCGAGAGAGGAUGACCGGGGGAAACAAAAUCUUGACCAGCACACUUCGUAUAUCAACGAUCCAAUUGGCGUACGAGAAAGGAGAGGAAUCGUUCAUUGCAACGGAGUGAAAGAAUUGUCACAUAGGAAAAAUAACCAGAGAAACGUGUUGAACGAUAAAAAUGAAAAUCUUGUGUACACAAACGUUAUGAAAAAUCAUGGAAAUGCGAUAAACGCUCGUAAAAGUGUUGCUGGGAUCGUGAGAAAAGAAAUAAUGACGAAGGGCUAUAUGUGCUUCGAUGAUGAUGAUACUCGAAAGGAUAACGUCGUUACCAAACAGCGUCCGAUAGUUUCUGGACGAAAUAUCGUUAAUGGUAAUAAGAUGGCACUAAUAUCGGAAGAUGUCAGCAAAAUACCCGUGCCUGAUCUCAGAUUAUUAUUGAGACCGACGGUCACGCAAAAUUGUCAGGAUAAUGAUAAAACUGAUUAUGACAACGAAGAUAUCAACGGUCCGUAUAAUUUCCGACAACUCUUGAGGCCUGCGGAAUAUUUGCCAACCGAAUCAUUGAGAAAGAGGAAAGGUGCAUUUGUCACGAACGGAGGACCACCGUUGAGAGACAGAGUUACUGCUAAAAAUAUUAAGAGAAGAGCCCCCCCUGCGCCCAUUCAGAGUAAAGUGCAUGGCGGCCCCUAAAACGUGAUCGUAAUCCGCCACUGUUUCGUGUUAACACUCUUCAGUGUUGAGAAAUUCAUUCGGUUCGUUCUUUCAUGUUCAAUUAUUUAUUAAUCGUAUAUUCUCAUUUGAUCAAUGAUAUUUGAGAGGCUUCGCAAUGGAGCAUCAUCUCCAUCGGUACAACGUCCCGUCGUUUGUUUGGGGAAAAAAAACAAACAAAAUUGAAAAUUUUGUUGUGCCAAAGAAAAAUCUCAAUCGCAACCCGUUCAACAAACGAUAUUUAAUAGCUUAUUUGAGAUUCUUUUAAAAAAAUUGAAUUUUUUUAUGAAUAUCGUUCAAGAAUCGAAGAUGUCUUUUAAAUAUGAAUUGGCGUCUUGAUCGGCAAGAGUAGGUAACUUCGAAGCGCAAAAUCUCGACGUUUUCGAUGCGCAACUUUGGAAAUUUUUUUUUUUUUUUUUUUUUUUUUUCAAUAUGAAAAGUAGAACUAGUCACUUAUAGCUUUACUUGAGUGAUCAAUGAGUAUAUUGAGAUCCCUUAUACAUGGAUUGUUCGUCGUAGAUUUAGGAGUCUUUUCAUGUUCAGCAUAAGUAAUUGAUAUAAUUAUUCGAAUAAUCGAAACACUUCGAAACAAACAGUGUAAGCAUAACUUUAAUUCAUCGAAGCUUUUUUUUCGUUCGGUAAAGUUAUAAAUUUGAAAAGAAUUCAAACCAGUUUACAGGGUUGCAAGUUUGAGGAAACAAACACAAAGUGCUGGCAAUUGGUUCUAACGAAUAUUGCAUCUGGAGAAGAGCGAUAAAAUCGAUCAUAGAGAUUAAUAUGGUACUUAGAUAAUCUUAUAAAUAUAUCCAGCUCGGGGUCGCGAGCUGCUUUCGCGUUUCUUGAUAUACACAUAUAGCUUCCUUAGGACAAAAUAUAUCCGUAUAGACUCGACGAAUCUUGGGCCGGCAGACAAUGGAGCUGUCAGCGUACUUGUCCCGAGACUCUACCGAGUUUCUUGCGAUAUACAUAUACAUAUCAAUAAUAUGCAUAUGUAUAUUCAUGAAAAGCGUCUUGAACGAAUUACCAACGUCGACUGUCGUCCAUUUAAAUUGUAUAUCCGAUAAUAUCGAUUGUUGUCGAUAAGAAAGAAAAAAGUCAUUACACGUUGAAAUUUAUGGUUUAUUUACAAAAUAAAUUUAUUUUAGAGUAAAUCUUAUGUAUACGCUUAGUAUUGUUGCCGUUAAUAAAGUAUUACUGUUACAGUUAA